AUGGCGGAUGAACCGACGAUUUUGCGCAAGGAUCAGCUGGAAAUCAGCUUAAUCAACGAGAAAAAGUUGAUUAAGGAGGGUACUAUCAAGGAUGACAACCCAUUGGAUCUUAGUGAGCCUUUUCAGGAACUAUGCAAUGCAUGUCGUCAGGGUGAUCUGGUAGUCUGUCAGGAAAAAAUCACUGAAGGCGUUAAUGUCAAUGCUCGUGAUCCUUAUGAUUACACUCCAUUGAUUCUUGCGAGUCUGUGCGGUCACUAUGAAACCGCGCAAUUGCUUCUCGAGUCUGGUGCGCUCUGUGAACGAGACACUUUCCAAGGUGAAAGAUGUCUCUAUAAUGCCCUGAAUGAUCGGAUACGAAACCUCCUCCUCGAAUAUGACUAUUCAAAGUCCACAGACCCCUUGCAACCAUUGGCUGCACAUAUAACUUCCCUUCUAACCCGGGAAUCACCAGUAACAGCCGAUAUCGUUGUGACUGCAUCCGAGGAAUCGCUCCACCUCCACAAAUUCAUCCUGGCGGCCCGCUCCCCAUACUUCAAAGCCAAGCUAGCAGCGGCACCAGAAUCUGCAACAUGGAAGCUCCCCAGCACCACUCCACCAGAAGCAUUUGGUGCGGCAGUCAAAUAUCUAUACCUUGGAGAAGCUCCGCGGGACUUAAGGAGCGGACCAGGGACAGGGUUUACCGAAUCUGAGACCUUCGCAGGAGUUGAUAAAAUCUCCAAGCACCUGGAAAUUCCCAGUCUUUUAGACAGUAUCCUUGACAGCGGAGAUAGGAGACGGGCCCGACAAAGAAGAAAUGACGAAAUCUCCAAGGGUCGGGAUCAGAUGGAAACAUGGUUCCAGGAGAACGUUAUUGGAAAUAAGAUAGUGGUGGAAACCUUGAAGGUGAACGAUAUUAAAUGGAGUCGAACGAAUCCGAUAUUCGCCGACGUUGUUCUAAGGGCCGAUGAACUCCCCGAGGAAGAGGAGAACAUUGCCAGCAAUGGUGCAUCCGCCGAAGGGCCGAAAUCAACCCUCUUCCCCUGCCACAGAGCAAUGCUUUUGCGCUCUGAGUUCUUCCAGACUAUGUUCUCCUCUACUUUCCGUGAAGCCUACGUCAAAGACCAGCUGACGACCAUCGAUGUCGACUGCUCGCCCGAGGUUUUGGAGAUCAUUCUUACAUUCUUGUACACUGAAAGGGCCGAUUUCCCACUGGAAAUCGCCGUCGACGUUCUAUUUGCGGCAGAUAUGCUCUUCAUCGAGAAACUGAAGACAAAAGCAGCUGUGGUGAUCAGUACUCUCGGCAGCGGUGGAAUGUCCCAAGCAGAGGCAGCGAGAACUCGUGGUACAACAGAUGAAGAGGACAUUGAUAUUUACUCGAUCGUCCGAGCUGCAUGGUUAACACGCGUGCAGCGACUAGAAGAAUUUGCCGCUCGAUAUCUAGCAUAUCGCCUGGAAGCUCACAUCGACACACCGGAAUUCGCAGAGUUGAUUCAGGAAUCGGCAUCUCGCAUCAAGGCGAGACAGGAGACCGAUUCCAUUGAAAUGCUGGAUGAUAUUCGCUUCUAUCUUGGAGAGCGCUUUAGAUUGAGGUUUGACGAAGCAGGCCUCGAUGAGAUGAUGGAAGAAACUGUGCAACCGGAAGACGUCGAUUCAGAUCUUGAUCCAGAUGGACAACCGGGAGAUGUUGCACAACUAACAGAGGACGUUGAGGCUCUCAAACUUUCCAAAGAGACUGCAGCUCCUCAAUCCCAGCAGCCGCAAAGGAAUGUUCCAGAAAUUCGAGCUCUGGAUGGCGCACUUGUCGUCGAUGAAUUCUCAGAAGAUGCGAUGAACUAUGAGAUUCUUCUUGAGAAGCUGGAUGAUUUGUUGGAGAGGCUCAACCUCGAGGCUUAA